AUGCUGGAAAUCAAGGGCAAAUCUCAAAUUUCUCCCACAAAACGAGCCUCCGCGAAAGAGCUCGGCUUAUUAGUGUUUUUCCUUGUUCUCGGCAUCGUCGUUUUCGCUUCAUUAGUCUAUUAUGCUGAAAGAGGUGUUGAAGUGAAUCCAGACAAUCAAUUCCAAAGCAUUCCGAUCGGUUUGUGGUGGGCGAUCGUCACAAUGACCACAAUUGGUUACGGCGACAUCACGCCAAACACCUAUCUCGGUCGAUUGAUCGGCUCUGUUUGUGCGCUGGCCGGUGUACUCACCAUUGCUCUCCCCGUUCCUGUGAUCGUUUCCAACUUCGCUAUGUACUAUUCACAUACACAAGCUCGUGCAAAGAUGCCAAAGAAGAGGAGAGGCGUUUUGAGCGCUGAGCAGGUAAAACAACAACCACAACGACCCGCCCCAGUGCCCCAACCACCCUCACACCCAAAGCGAAUCUCCGGCCAUUCCCACUCAAGCCACUUGAAAAACGAUGGCGCUAACAUACCGCUCGUACAAAGUUCAAACAACACAACACCACCACAUACUUUCAUU